AUGGCUUAUGCAAUGCUGGCUACAUUGCCGCCUGUGUACGGGCUCUAUUCUUCAAUGUGUGCAUCAUUUUUCUACUUUUUUCUGGGCUCCUCAAGGCACCUCUCUUUGGGUACUCUUGCGAUUCUCAGUCUUCUCGUGGGCGGCUGCCUUGAUCGCAACGUAACUCAGUCCUUACUUUUUUCAAAUUUGUCAAUUGAAUCUUCUUCGUCCAUGAAUGAUUCAGAUAAUAUUGCCGAUCGUGUGUUUUUGGCUUCUUCAUUGGCUAUGACAGUGGGAAUUAUGCAGCUCAUCAUGGGAUUUUUGCGCCUUGGCUUUCUGACUCGCCUGUUGUCGCGUCCGAUGCUCGCUGGCUUUACUGUUGGCUCCUCAGUGUAUGUGGGGAUAUCUCAACUUUUCGUGGUAUUUGGUCUUCAACUCAAAAAGCACACUGGGAUUUUUAAUGCUCCUUUGAACUUUUACAGUAUUUGUGCUAAUUUGCCCAAUGCAAAUUGGGUCACCCUUGGUCUUUCGGUCUCAUGCAUGGCUGUGCUGUACGUAUUCCAACUCUUCAUAAACCCACCAUUGCGAAGGCGUAUCAAAGUUCCAGUACCCGUCGAGCUUCUGGUCAUUAUCACUAGUGGGCUAAUUUCACAAUAUCUCCAAUUGCGAAAUAUAUACGGUGUUCGUGUUGUGGGCGUCGUACCAACCGGGUUUCCCGAGCCCACUGUGCCGCGCCUUUCAAUAGCUGGUGGAGUUAUCGGUGACGCCUUUGUAAUAGCUCUUAUUGGCUUUUCCCUCUCAUACUCUCUGGCCUCCUUCUAUGCCUAUAAAGAAGGCUACAGUGUGGAUCCCAAUCAGGAGUUGGUAGCCUACGGAAUCACUAACGUAUCGAGUUCCUUCUUUACGACCUACCCGGUGGGGGCGUCGAUCUCGAGGACUGCGCUGGUUGUUACAAUGGGUGGAAAGAGCCAAAUUGUAGGACUUGUUGCUUCGAUUAUCGUCCUUUUGGUGGUCUUCUUUGCCGGACCUCUCUUCUACGAUGUCCCAAACUGUUGUCUCUCCGCUAUCAUCCUUGUGGCUCUGCGAGGUAUGGUCGCUCAAUUGCUGGAGCUCCCAAUUCUGUGGCGCUAUUCCAUUUGGGACUUUGCUUCCUGGGUAGUGACAUUUACGGCUACGGUGUUCUUGGAUGUACUUUACGGCCUAAUCAUCGGUGUCGCCUUUUCCGCCAUCGUUGUCUUCGUUCGCUCGCAAUUUUCGAAGGCCUUUGCUAUUGGCAGGUUUGAUAGCACCGAGUUCUUCAAGCCCAAUGACAUAUACACCGCCUGUGACGAAGACCCGAAGGUAAAGGUAAUUCGAUACGAAGGUGGUCUCUUCUACGCAGGGGCAGAGCUUUUCGCCUCAUCUGUCAUCGACGCCGCCGGCUUCGACCCUCGUUCCAUCGCCUUCCGCAAAAAGAGGCUCGAUGGUGUAGUGAAGGAGGCCGAUGCAGUAUUGGCAUCGAAGGCCUCCGAGUACAAUUCCAAUUUACUUGACCAAGAGGAUACCCGGUCUUCAUCGCUGCCACUGGAAGGGCGGUAUCUCCUUUUCUUGCAUUACUUUAAAGCGCACCUGGAGGGCGGAAAGUAUACCUCCGAAGGAACGAAAGCACCAAUAGGCAGAGGUAGUCGACGCGGGUGUUCGUGCGCCUGUAGGAAUUGCAAGCAUUCCAUGUCGCGUUUGGAAGCUAUGAAUAAGAAGCAGGAGGCGCUCAACCAGCUCUCUAAUCUCCUCUCCAGUGUUCCUCUCACUCAUGUCAUUCUUGAUUGCUCUGCCUGGACUUAUGUUGAUAUAGUCGGUGCUACAACUCUGGAAGCACUUAUUGCUGAUUACAAUGAGGUCGGAAUCGAAGUUUACCUUGCGUCGCCCUCAAGAGCAGUUCACAAAUCCUUGAUACGCUCAGGUUUGCUUGAGAAGUUUGACCACUCCAUCGUCUAUGUCAGUGUGUACGACGCCUACGCUUCUUCGCAGCAACUACGUCACCAAUUCUAA